AUGUCUGUCCCAAUGAAUGGGAGGACAAAGAAAGAGCACUCUCUCGUCAAACCAUAUCAGGGGACUGGUAUGACGAUCCCCUCGUGGGACUUCUCGGGCUCAACGAUGGUGACGACCAGCUUUAUUAGGAUAACCCCCGACCAACAGUCCCGGAUGGGAGGCCUUUGGAAUAAAAUUAACCAGAAGCGGCUUCAAUAUACUGUCGACGCCUUAAAUUCAAUCAAUUGA